AACUGGAAAAUAUCACGAUCAUCCAAAGGACACAAGGAAAUCUACGUGGUCAAUAAAACCCACCGCUCCUCCAACUCGGUCGCCAGCCCAUUGCAAAAAAAAACUUCUCUUAAGAAACACCAGCUACACUGAGAGAGCGAGCUCCCCCAUUCAUUUUCACAGGCCCUGUGCAACCCGCACUGGAAACCACAGACCUGCUAACAAGAAAAAAAAAAAAAAAGUUGCGGGCACGCGCAUUCAACUUGAGGGCUAUGUAGGCGUGGCCAGUCUGCAGCCAAGACGCGCGCUUUGGCAGUGUCUGCGAGGCCGAGCUCUAAAUAUGAUUGAGCCGUGUGCGUGGGCGCGUGGCCGAGUUUGUUGAGUGAUCGGGGGUGUUAGAGAUGGGAGUGAUAUCGCUGCACGAGAAUACCCACAUAUAAUGCCGGGUGGAUGGGAGGGUGUAGUGAUCAUACAGCGGCGGAAAGAGGUGCUGCAUCUCUAAACAAAAGGAAAGCGCACUAUUGUAAGAUGGUUUUACCACAGCAAGGUUACUUAAGGAAAACUUGUCAUCCCAAAGAUUAAUUAGCUGUAAGUAACAGUGCCACCGUAUGUGGACCCGUAAGAAUGCGAUUCACAGUGAGGAAGGUACUCUUGGUCUUUUGCUUCAUCAUACUUGGGGCACUGGCAGUUCAUCUAGGGCAGCAGAUGUUGCAGUGUCGUCAGAUUCUUGAUGAAGGUAACAGCAAAAGAAAUCGUGGUGUUAUGAAACCAGAGAAUGAAGAACUAAUAAUGCUAGACUCAAAAAAUGUUGAGUAUAAGUACAGCAAAGAUAUGCCUCUUAUAUUUAUUGGUGGAGUGCCUCGAAGUGGUACAACAUUAAUGAGGGCCAUGCUAGAUGCCCAUCCAGAUGUCCGCUGUGGGGAAGAAACUCGUAUUAUUCCAAGGAUUUUAGCAAUGCGUCAGGCUUGGUCAAAGUCUGGACGUGAAAAAAUGCGUCUUGAUGAAGCUGGUGUGACGGACCAAGUGAUGGACGCUGCAAUGCAGGCUUUUAUUUUAGAAAUAAUAGCUAAGCAUGGAGAGCCUGCCAAGUUUUUAUGUAAUAAGGACCCUUUUACCUUGAAAUCUUCUGUUUAUCUUUCAAGACUGUUUCCAAAUUCCAAGUUUCUUCUAAUGAUUCGUGAUGGACGUGCCUCUGUACAUUCUAUGAUCACCAGGAAAGUAACUAUAGCUGGAUUUGAUUUGAAUAGUUAUAGAGACUGCCUAACCAAGUGGAACAAAGCUAUAGAGAUUAUGUAUGCUCAGUGUUUAGAAAUUGGUGAGCAGAAGUGCCUAGCAGUUUAUUAUGAACAGUUGGUCCUACAUCCAAAGCAAACCAUGAAUGCAAUUAUGGAUUUCCUAGACAUUUCCUGGAAUGAUGCAGUUCUUCAUCAUGAAGAACUGAUUGGGAAACCAGGAGGGGUAUCACUUUCAAAAACUGAGAAAUCAACUGACCAAGUAAUGAAGCCAGUGAAUCUUGAAGCUUUGUCUAAAUGGGUUGGCAAAAUCCCAGUGGAUGUAUUGGAUGACAUGCCACGUAUUGCCCCCAUGCUUGCCAGGCUUGGGUAUGAUCCAUUUGCAAACCCACCAAAAUACGGAAGUCCAGAUGCUAUAGUGGUUAACAACACACACAGAGUCAUGAAGGGAGAUUUUAAGACACCAAAUAAUCUGAAAGGAUAUCUUCAGGCAAAUCAGAAUAACUCUUCACACUGGUGAUUUGAAAUUAAUUCAGGGCAUUACAUAUUUUUCAUUGAAAAGAAGAAAAUCCUUGAAAUUGUCAAAGGAAGAGAGAUAUCCAAGCAUAUUGCUUGCCAAACAUUGCCAAACUGUGACUGUCCCGAGCGAAUGUAUUUGCACUUGUUUGUACUUUGGAGUUUUUAAAAUCUCCCAGUAAAAAUGAAUCUCUGUAGUUUGUGAAUUUACUGUAUGAACUACUUCUUUUUACUCCUCAAUAGUCCUUUGUGAGUAUUUUAUAAGGAAUUACAAGCACUAUUUUAUCAUUCUUUUAAGGUGUCCAAACCUCACAAAAUAUCAACAACAUUUUGAAGAUAAAUACUAUUUCAAGAAGGUUUUUAAAAAUGUUCACUAAUUGUGAAUGUCACAUGGUUCUUACACAAUGAGCAGAAUCUAAAUUUGUUUAUACUAGUGUAAAGUUAAUAAAUAAUGUGAUUUUAAUUAACCAGAGGUAUCUGGUGUUUUGAACUGGAUUACAAUUUUUCAAGGUGGAUUGGCGAUCUUUCUUUCCCCCAGAGUUGUUAUGCAAGCGACUUAUAGUAUCCUCUUUUAAAUAUAAUUUACAAAAUUCUAUUUAAAAUAAUUAAUAUAUGAUUCAGUACAUUCAUUUUUUAUGUCUCAUAACAUUAAACACUUUUAACAAA